AUGCACCUCGUCAAUCCAAUCACCGGCCAGCAGAUUGCUCUCCCUUCAGUGACCACCAUCGAGUACGUGAAGCCCAUCUUUGACGAGUCACGUUCUGUCCACGAGUAUGAAUACCCAAGUCACUCUUCAAGAGAAGCUUUCUUCACGCCGUCGAUCAUGCCUCGUUGCAAGCUGAGGGAAUACUGCUUCCAGUUCAAGGCGUUUGUGUUCCAUGAUGCACCCACAGGAAGCUACAUCGUGGUGCUCAUCCACAAGCCAUUCACUCACAUCUCGUUUGCAAGAGUAGGGGAUGAUAAGUGGACCUUGCUGCGACCACACUGUCACUACCGUGACUGCACCUACAAGGAUGGGUUCUUGUAUGCAGCGAGUUUGAUGGGAGAAAUCCAUGCCUUCGAUCUUAGUGGUCCUGCUGUUACAAUGAAGAUUAUUAGGGGCAGCGACGACGAUUUUGAUCCCGAUGCUGUACAGAUCGUUCAGGCUCCAUGGGGUGGUCUGCUGCUUGUUUCAAGAUUAAAAGAGUUCGAAGAUCCUGACCCUAAAGUUUCUGCCCUGAAUACUAUGGAAAUUAAGUUACACAGAGUUGAUGAUGGCGCAGAGAAGCUUGUGGAAAUUGAUUGCUUGCCUGACCAUGUGCUAUUUCUUGGGCUUAACGAUACACUUUGUCUCAGUGCCAAAAAUUACCCUGCUCUCAAGGGGAAUCAUGCCUACUUUACUGACGAUCAAGAGUACAAUCAAAGACGUAAGAGUAGUCGUCGUGACAUUGGAGUAGUUGACUUGGGCAAUAAUAGUAAGGAGGACCUUGUGUCUCCUCAGCUUUGA